AUGGCUUUCGCCAAUUUCCGCCGCAUCCUACGCCUCUCCACCUUCGAGAAACGGCGCUCCAAGGAGUACGAGCACGUCCGCCGUGACCUGGACCCCGGCGAGGUGUGGGAGGUGGUGGGGGAGCUGGGCGACGGAGCCUUCGGCAAGGUCUACAAGGCAAAGAAUAAGGAGAGUGGCGCUUUAGCGGCUGCCAAAGUCAUUGAAACAAAGAGCGAAGAUGAACUGGAGGACUACAUGGUGGAGAUUGAAAUACUGGCGACCUGCAAUCACCCACACAUCGUCAAGCUGCUGGGAGCAUUCUAUUGGGAUGGCAAGCUCUGGAUCAUGAUUGAAUUCUGCCCGGGCGGGGCAGUGGAUGCCACCAUGCUGGAGCUGGACCGGGGCCUGACUGAACCUCAGAUUCAAGUCAUUUGCCGCCAGAUGUUGGAGGCUCUCCGUUACCUGCACAGCAAAAAGAUCAUCCACCGUGACCUGAAGGCAGGCAAUGUGCUCCUCACUCAGGAUGGGGACAUCAAGCUUGCUGACUUUGGAGUGUCUGCCAAAAACAUGAAAACCUUGCAGAAGCGAGACUCCUUCAUUGGGACCCCGUACUGGAUGGCCCCAGAGGUGGUGAUGUGUGAGACCAUGAAGGACACUCCGUAUGACUACAAGGCGGACAUCUGGUCCCUGGGAAUCACUCUGAUUGAAAUGGCCCAGAUCGAGCCCCCCCAUCAUGAGCUCAACCCCAUGAGAGUCCUGCUGAAGAUCGCCAAGUCUGACCCCCCCACUCUCAGCUGCCCUUCCAAAUGGUCCCUGGAGUUCAGAGAUUUCCUGAAAACAGCGCUGGACAAGAACCCAGAGACCCGUCCCAGUGCUGCCCAGCUGCUGGAGCAUCCCUUUGUCAGCAAGGUGACCAGCAACAGGGCCCUGCGUGAGCUGGUGGCCGAGGCCAAGGCUGAGGUGAUGGAGGAGAUCGAGGACAGUCGGGAUGAAGCAGAAGAAGAUGACUCAUCAGAGUCUGCCUCACCCCCUGGUAAGCACAAGCGGGACCCCUCUGAGGCAAGCCAGCUGAGUUUUGAUGGGGAGAAGCCUCUGGACUCUUCCUUGCCCAAGGCAGUGAAUGGGUCUGUGGGGACUGGCAAGGAGACCGCAGCUGGACAGAGCAAUAAAGUCUCAGAUGAUGCGAUAAACAGUGACAAUGCCAAACCAGAGAGCAAGCACUCCACAAAAACCUUUGCCAGCUCAGCCACCCAGGGCAAGCCAGACCUCAUCUCACAGCCUGGACAGCUGGGUGAUGCAACAGAAGGGGACAAGCAGCCCAGGCCAGGCAGCAAAGAGCGGAAGAGCAUCGGGGAACGACCAGAGAGCAGCCACCUGGAAAACUUCGUGGAGGACAAGCUUCCCAAUGGGAGCUUGGAUCCCUCAGCUUCAUUCCCUGGCAGCCAGUCCAAAGAGGGCUCAGAUUCUGGCAGCACCUCAGCCUCUGAAAGCAUGGACCUCACCAUCUCCCUGUCUGCUGACUUGUCCCUCAACAGAGAGAGUGGCUCCAUCUCCCUGAAGGAUUCCCAGAUGCACAAGAAGACGCUGAAGCGCACCCGCAAGUUUGUGGUGGAUGGAGUAGAGGUCAGCGUCACCACCUCCAAGAUCAUCAGUGAGGAUGAGAAGAAGGAUGAAGAGAUGAGAUUUCUCAGGCGCCAGGAGCUGCGGGAGCUGCGUCUCCUUCAGAAGGAGGAGCACCGAAACCAGGCCCAGCUCAACAGCAAACACCAGCUGCAGCUGGAGCAGAUGCUGCGGCGCUUCGAGCAAGAAAUGGCAACAAAAAAGAAGUUCUAUGACACUGAACUGGAAAACCUGGAACGGCAGCAGAAGCAGCAGAUUGAGAAGAUGGAACAAGAUCACGCCCUGCGCCGGCGGGAGGAGGCCAAGCGCAUCCGCCUGGAGCAGGAGCGGGACCACGCCAAAUUCCUGGAGCAGCUGAAGCAGAUGAAGAAGGAGGUGAAGAAUGAAGUCGAGAAGCUGCCACGGCAGCAGCGCAAAGGGAACAUGAAGGCGAAGAUGGAUGACUUCGCCCAGAAAAAACAAACCAUGGAACAGGAGUUUUUGGCCAAGCAGAAGGAGGACCUGGAGCUGGCCAUGAAGAAUAUAACUGCCCAGAACAAAAAAGAAAUCUGUGACAAGGAACGCGAGUGCCUGAACAAAAAACAGCAGCUCAUGAGAGACCGGGAGGCAUGCAUCUGGGAUCUUGAAGAGCAUCAGCAACAGGAGAAACACCAGCUCAUCAAGCAGCAGCUAAAGGACCAGUACUUCCUCCAGAGGCAUGAGUUGCUCCGGAAGCACGAGAAGGAGAGGGAGCAAAUGCAGCGGUACAACCAGCGCAUGCUGGAGCAGCUGAGGGUUCGGCAGCAGCAGGAGCGAGCUCGGCUGCCCAAAAUCCAGCGGAGCGAAGGCAAGACACGCAUGGCCAUGUACAAGAAGAGCCUCCACAUCCACUCCAGCGGGAGCCCGGCCGAGCAGCGCGAGAAGAUAAAACAGUUUGCACAGCAGGAAGAGAAGAGGCAAAAAGCAGAACGGCUGCACCAGCAGCAGAAGCAUGAGACGCAGAUGAAGGACAUGCAGGCCCAGUGUGAGAGCAACACAAAUGAGCUCCAGCAGCUGCAGAAUGAAAAGUGUCACCUCUUGAUUGAGCAUGAGACCCAGAAGCUUAAGUCCUUGGAUGAGAAUCACAACCAGCACAUGAAGGAGUGGCGAGACAAGCUGAGGCCACGGAAGAAGGCCCUGGAGGAUGAGCUGAACCAGAAGAAGCGUGAGCAGGAGAUGUUCUUCAAGCUGAGUGAGGAGGCAGAUGGACAGAUGCCAGCAUCCCCCACUAAACACGCCAAGUUUGUUCCGUUCAGCUCUGCAGAGAGUUUGUAA